AUGUCGCAACACGGGGCCAGCACCGCCGGCGGGCAGCGAGUGCAUCGGACCCAAUCCGCUCUGCAGCCCCGUCGCCCCACGCUCUUUAGCUACGGCCGAUCCGAUGACCGCUACCGCACCAUCCGUCCCCUCAACCGCGAGUACAGCACCGAACAGGGCUACGUGAGCAACGGCAUCUCAACAAGCAAGUACACUUGGCUCACGUUGUUACCCAAGAACCUUUUCGAACAGUUUCAUCGCUUGGCCAACGUUUACUUCUUGUUCAUUGUCAUUCUCAACUGGCUGCCCAUGGUCCAGGCAUUUGCCAAGGAAAUCGCCAUGCUACCUCUUCUCUUCGUGCUGCUCGUAACGCUCGUCAAGGAUGCUUACGAAGACAGCCGUCGCCGUCGUCAAGACAAGGAGACCAACCGUCGCACCGCCAUGGUUUACGACAAAGGCACCGGCGAGUGGAACUCGGGGAUCGAAUGGCGCAACAUCGAAGUUGGUGACAUUAUUCAGCUGUACCAGAACGAAAUCAUCCCCGCCGAUAUGCUGCUGCUCGACACUUCCCAUGAGGACGGCAUCUGCUUUGUCGAAACAGCCAAUCUCGAUGGUGAAACCAACCUGAAGCAACGUCGUCUGUUUAUGGAGCGGACCGAGGCCUUUGAUCCGGAUGCUUUCUCCGAAACCUCACAAAUCGAGUGUGAGCUCCCGAACAACAAGAUUUACCAGUUCAACGGCACAAUGAAAAUCCGUGGGCACAAGGAAAUUGCUUUGGACCAAAACAACAUUCUGUUGCGCGGCUGCGUUCUCCGCAAUACGCGUCGUGCCAUUGGCAUUGUUGUAUAUGCCGGCCAUGACACCAAGUCCAUGCUCAAUAACACUGGCCCUCGCUCAAAGCGCUCAAAGCUUGAACGCGCCAUGAACUACCAGAUCCUGUACUGCUGCUUGAUCUUGGUGGUCAUGUGUGUUGCGGGUGGUAUUGGUGCCGGUGUUUGGAAGUCGGACCGUGACUGGAAGGACAUUCUGUACAUUCCAGGCAAAGACGACUACGCUCCCGCAGAAGAAGGCUUUAUUCGCAUCUUCACCUACUUUAUCAUCCUGCAGGUGAUGGUGCCCAUCUCCCUUUACGUCUCUAUUGAGCUGGUCAAACUUGUGCAAGUUUACUUCAUCCAGGAGGAUGAGAAGCUGGUCUAUGUGGACCCUGCGAAUCAGCACCGCCACAAGAUGAUGUGCCGUGCGCUCAACAUUACCGAAGAUCUGGGACAGAUCCAAUACAUCUUCUCAGACAAGACUGGCACUCUGACACAGAACAAAAUGAUUUUCCACCAGUGUUCCAUCAACGGCAUUCAUUACUCACACCCUCAUGAUGACACGGCAACGUUCCAAGAUGCUCGCUCAUUUCCCUUGGACCAAUCUCUUGUCGAAGACCUGGAGAAGGAUGGCGGCUUUGACGAUGACAGUGUUUUGCACAACUUUAUGCUCUCGCUUGCCAUGAACAACACGGUGGUGCCCAACAACGAGGACGGCGAACUGAAACACGAAGCUGAGUCACCCGAUGAGGCAGCCUUGGUGGCCGCCGCCUUUGUCUACAAAUACGUCUUGCUGAACCGCAAAUCCGGCCGAAUUCUGCUGAAGCUUGGCGACGACGAGUACAACAUGGAAAUUUUACAGACUCUCGAGUUUGAUAGCACUCGCAAGCGCAUGACUGUGAUUGCGCGUCUCCCCAACGGUCGCAUCCGUGCUUUUAUCAAGGGCGCGGACUCGGCCAUCAUGGACAUCAUGAAGCAGGGCGAUUCGGACCUCCGCGAGAAGACAGAGGCCCACCUGCAUGAUUUCGCGCGAAAUGGCUUGCAACCGCAGGCACGGCUGCGUGAAACUUACCUAGCCAUCGAGAAAGAGGUUACUCUUUUAGGCGCGACCGGUAUCGAAGACAAACUUCAAGAAGGCGUUCCGGAAGCCAUCGCCACCCUUCGCGAGGCCGGUAUCAAGGUUUGGGUCCUCACAGGCGACAAGCAAGAGACCGCCAUAGAAAUUGCUCACACAUGUCGGCUCAUGGAUGAGAGCCAAAGCACGAUCUUACUCAACUCUCAACUGGCCUCCAAACACCACUCCAAACCUCGAAGCAAGCGCAAUGAAGCCUUGCAUGAGCAGGCUGCCAAAGAGACUGGAGACAUUAUUCGGGGCAAACUGUCGGAAAUCGAACAGCCCAGCGCACGAAACAAACCCCUCGCACUCGUGGUGGAUGGUGCGACUCUAUCCUACGCCAUGCUUGAUCAGAACUCGGAUGCUUUCCUCGACCUCAGCCUGCGCUGCGCGGUGGUUGUGGCCUGCCGAACCGCUCCUUUGCAAAAAGCGCAGGUGGUCAAGCUGGUGAAGGAGAGCAUUGAUGUCAUGACGCUAGCCAUUGGUGAUGGUGCCAACGAUGUCAGCAUGAUUCAGAUGGCCCAUGUGGGCGUGGGCAUCUCCGGCCAAGAGGGCAUGCAGGCCGUUAUGGCCAGUGAUUUUGCCUUUGGACAAUUCCGCUUCUUGACUCGUCUUUUGCUGGUCCACGGCCAUUGGUCCUACGACCGCAUUGCCAGCCUUAUUUUGUACUUUUUCUACAAAAACUCAAGCUUGGUGUUUGUCAUCUUCUUUUACCAAUUCUUUGAUGGCUUCACGGGCCAGCCUCACAUCGAACAGAUGUACCUUCAAACCUACAAUCUUUUGUGGACUUCGCUGCCACCCAUCGUCACGGGCAUCUUUGACCAGGACGUGACCGAGGAUGCUCUUGAGGCUUUCCCCAUGCUUUAUGAGCAGGGUCGAGAGGAUUUGACUUACAAGGGCCGCUUCUGGCCCAUUAUUCUUGACUCCUUCUACCAGGCCGUGGUCAUCUUUUUCGUUCCUUACGCCGUCUACGUAGACAAGCUCGAAGACAAUGGCAUGUUGGUGAUGGGUACCAUCUCCAUCUUUUGCAUCAUCAUUGCCAAUCUGAUUCAAAACAUGAUUCUCACUCGUCACUACAUCUGGAUCCAUGCGCUCUGCCUGGCCUGGAGCUUUUUUGGUGUCUUUGCUUUUGCGUACAUUUACAACUCGCUGCUGCUCGAGACACCCUUGAUUCCGGACCCGUACUAUGUGAUGCAAAAUGCUUCGAGUGACGCAACAUUUUGGCUUUUGCUCAUCUUCUGCCCUGCAUUGGCAGUUCUGCCCCGCUUCCUUGCCAUGUUCUACCGCCGCUGGUGGCACCCGACGACUUCGCAACUCAUGCGCGAAGACUGGAUCAAGGAUCAGCGUCGACGCAAGCCUCUGCCGCUUUGGCUCAACCCUUGCUUGCCUUGGUCAGUCUUGUCUUGUCGAAGAUAA